AUGGUCAUGGAGGUCCUCUCUUGCAUGUUGAACCGUCCGCCUCAAGACUUUCAGUUCCACCAGUUUUGUGAGAAGGUCAAUUUAACUCAUCUUACUUUUGCAGAUGAUCUUACGAUCUUUUGUGCUGCUCAUGAGUCUUCUCUGAGCUUCAUUAAAGAGACUAUUCAGAGGUUUGGUGAGUUAUCAAGGCUUUUUGCUAAUCUUGGGAAAAGCUCUAUUUUUAUUGUGGGGAUUAAUAGUGCAGAAGCUUCUCAUCUAGCUGCUAAAAUGGGCUUUACCAUUGGUCAUCUCCCUGUUCGUUAUCUUGGGCUUCCUUUACUCUCAGGAAAGUUAUGGAUUUCUGAUUGUGAUCCUCUUAUUCAGAGGACAAUUGGUCGUAUUUGGUCUUGGUCUGCUAGUGUUUUAUCUUUUGCAGGGUGGUUUAUCAUUCAGCAGUUUGGUGAGAGUGUGAUUUACGAUGCGACAAGUCGGUGGGAUGCUAGGCUGGUUGAUUUCAUUGGUUUGGAUGGAGACUGGAGUUGGCCAAGUGUUGAGGAUAGGUGGGUCUGGAUUCUAGGUAAUUGGGUUCUUGAUUGCUAG